GCAAACAGAGACAUUUAGUAUGUGAGAGUUAUUCAGUGGGUUGAGACGUUCUAAGAAAAAAACAUAAAUACAUAGCUAAAAGUUAUUAAAAGCUAGUAAAAACGUUAGAAACCUUUUAAUUAAUUUAUUUGAAUAAACAAAAACUGUUACAAAUUUAAUACAAAAAAAUACAAAUUUUUGUUAUGAACAUUUAAAUUUGUAUUAAAAAAAAUCCAUUUAAAAAAAGGAAGUUUUAAAAAAACAAAAGAAAAAUGCCUUCGGAAAAAUCGAUUUACAAUCCAAAUCCGGCCAUUAGCCAAAAUGCUUACAUAUCGAGCAUGGAAGAAUAUAAAAAGUUCUAUGAAGAAUCUUUGGAUAAUCCCGAAGAAUUCUGGUCUCGUGUGGCCAAACAAUUUCACUGGGAAACACCAGCCGAACCAAAGAAAUUUCUACAAUACAAUUUCGAUAUUACGAAAGGACCCAUUUCUAUUAAAUGGAUGGAAGGAGCCUCUACAAAUAUUUGCUACAAUCUAUUAGAUCGUAAUAUACGCAAUGGUUUAGGAGAUACUAUAGCCUAUUAUUGGGAAGGUAAUCAUCCCGAUGACUAUUCCCGUGGUCUUACCUAUCGUAAACUUUUGGAGGAAGUCUGCCGUUUUGCCAAUGUUUUAAAGGAUCAUGGUGUGAAAAAGGGUGAUCGUGUUUCCAUUUAUAUGCCCAUGAUUUUAGAGCUGCCCAUAGCCAUGUUGGCUUGUGCCCGUAUUGGUGCCGUACAUUCCAUUGUUUUUGCCGGUUUCUCGUCGGACUCCUUGGCCGAACGUAUGUUUGAUUGUAAGGCAAAAAUCUUAAUUACUGCUGAUGGCGCUUGGCGUGGUGAGAAACCUUUGUACCUGAAAGCUUUGUGUGAUAUAGCUUUACAGAAGGCCGAAGAAAUGGGCCAUACUGUAGAGAAAUGUAUAGUUGUUUCGCAUUUGAAGAGAGUAACUGCCUGUCAAGAGAAUCACGUUGAAGAGGAUAUACCCUGGACUGAUGAUCGUGAUUUCUGGUGGCACGAAGAAAUGGAAGACAAGGAACCUGCCUGCUAUCCCGAAUGGAUGGAUGCUGAGGAUCCCUUGUUUAUGUUGUAUACCAGUGGUUCGACUGGUAAGCCCAAGGGUGUUUUGCACACUACAGGCGGUUAUUUAUUGUAUGCUGCCACCACAUUUAAAAUUGUAUUCGAUUAUAAGCCGGGUGAUAUUUACUGGUGUACUGCCGAUGUUGGCUGGAUUACUGGUCACACCUAUGUGGUGUAUGGUCCUUUGGCCAAUGGUGCUUCAUCGGUUAUUUUUGAGGGUACUCCUUUCUAUCCUGACAAUGAUCGUUAUUGGUCGGUUAUUGACAAAUAUAAGGUUAGCCAAUUCUAUACUGCCCCUACGGCUAUUAGAGCUCUCAUGAAAUUCGGCGAUGGACCAGUUUUAAAGCAUAAAUUACAGCAUUUGAAAGUUUUGGGCAGUGUCGGUGAACCCAUUAAUCCCGAAGCCUGGUUAUGGUAUUAUCGCUAUGUAGGCAAGGAAAGAUGUUCUAUUGUGGAUACCUUCUGGCAAACAGAAACUGGUGGUCAUGUUAUAACCCCCUUACCCGGCUGCACUCCCAUGAAACCUGGUUCAGCUUCCUUCCCCUUCUUUGGUGUUAAACCCACAUUGUUGGAUGAAAGUGGUAUUGAAAUCAAAGGUGAAGGCGAAGGUUAUUUGGUAUUCUCACAACCUUGGCCCGGUAUGAUGCGCACCCUGUUCAAUAACCAUGAACGUUAUGAAGAAACCUAUUUCUCAAAAUUCCCCGGUUACUAUUGUACCGGUGAUGGUGCUCGUCGUGAUGCCGAUGGCUAUUUGUGGAUUACCGGACGUGUUGAUGAUAUGUUAAAUGUUUCGGGACAUCUUAUGUCAACAGCUGAAGUAGAAUCAGUACUAACCGAACAUCCACGUGUAGCCGAGUCGGCCGUAGUAGCCAGACCUCAUGCCGUAAAGGGUCAAUGUCUGUAUUGUUUCAUUACCACCAAUGAAAAUGAAAAGUUUGAUCCUAAAUUGGUUUCGGAGUUGAAAAAGUUGGUACGUGAACGUAUUGGUCCCUUUGCUAUGCCCGAUGUAGUGCAACAUGCUCCCGGUUUGCCCAAAACUCGUUCGGGCAAGAUUAUGCGUCGUGUAUUGCGUAAAGUAGCGGUUAAUGAUCGUAAUGUGGGUGAUACUUCCACUUUGGCUGAUGAAAGUAUUGUCGAACAAUUGUUUGCCAACCGUCCCCAAGAAGCCAAGUAAGUUUGCUUAAGUCUACAUGCAUUCCAGAAACCAAACCAACCAACAAUAUAUAGAAAACAACCAACCAGAGGCUUAAGGAUAUCAAAACAAAUUGUCAUAUAUAUAUUACAAUAUAUACACACUAAACAAAAAGCUGCAGCAGCAAAAGGCCACACACAAAAUUUAAGUAAAAACAAAAUGAAAACUUUUAGCAUAAAAACUGCAACUCUGUAUGGGAGUUUUUCUUAUACUAUACGUUUUUCUUCUUCUUCUGUUAGUUCUAUGUAAAUCUCUAUGAUUCAUUUUAGUUGUUUAAGUUUUACUUUAAGUUAAUAAUUUUCCUUAAAACAAAAUUAUUUUAAAUGUUUAAGAACUGCACAUACACAAAACCACACCUAAUAAUCCCAACCAGAUCCAAAAAUCCUAACCUUAAAAUUAUGUAACUAACUGUAUAUUGCACAUUCUCUUAUGUUUUUAUUAUAAUUUUUAUUUCUAUAACAUUUUGAAGUUGUGAUUUAAUUUAUUAAAAUAAUGUUAUAUAUAUUUUUGUUCUGUUUUAGCUGAGAGAGUUUGUGUAGGUUUAGUUAAUAUGUUUGUAAAUGAUUAUUUAAUGUAAUUUGUAACUCGUAUCUUGUAGAUGCAUGUAAUUUUUGUUUUUAGUCCAGUAGUAGUUAAUGUUUUUUUUAGUUAGUUUUUCUUUAUUUUCAAUUUGUUAAACUUUAAAUUUCCUUUUUUGUGUUCUGGUUUAUUAGUUUAUUACCAAGUAAUUUGUUAACAAAAUUUUUGUUUUUAAAAAUAAUAAAAAUUUGAAUAUUUUUUAUAUACUUUUUAUCUUAAUGUUAAGUCAUAAGUACACAAAAUGAUUUUAAAUAUUUAAUAAAAUCUUAAAACUAUAUUCUAUUAAAAAAUAUAAAAAA